UUCAAAAAUGCCCCUGCUGUUCCACCGAAGAAGCAUUGCAUGUCGAACCGUAGUUCUUUCGACACCCAGAGAUGCCGGUUUAAAAGAAAUUUGGUUAAUGUGCGAGGUGUAACCCGAACGGUUGUUUGAUCGCUUUUGCUUUUUUGUCUGGGGCUGUACAAAUUGAGAGACAGAGAACCCGGGCACAUAACAGGCCCGACCUGAACAGCAGCCCUCCCCCUUUUUUGUAGUCAAACAGUUAAACCAAGGUUUGAAAAUCGACUGAUGCCUUGUUGGAAGCCAGACAGCUAGCUGAUUUAGCCCGUUCUUAUGGAGAUUAUUUCGAUGCAGGUGACAAACAGCAUGUUUAGUGCUACGAGAAAGAAGUUUGUAGAGGGGGUCGACAGUGAUUACCCAGAUGAGAACAUGUACUACAGCCAGCCGUCGAUGUUCCAACAUCGAUCAGACAAAGAAAUGCUGGCGUCUCCAUCCCCAUCGUCGUCGGGUCAGCUGUCGCAGCUUGGUGCCAGUCUAUACGGGCCACAGAGUGCACUAGGGUUCCCUAUGCGGGGCGUAAGCAACAACACUCCUCAGUUGAAUCGCAGCUUAACUCAGGGCAGCCAGCUGCCGAGCCACGUCACCCCCACCACCGGAGUGCCCCCCGCCAUGCACACUCCGCCCUCGCCAAGCAGGGGGAUCCUGCCCAUGAACACGCGAAACCUGAUGAACCAUUCUCAGCAGGUCGGAGGUCAGGGGAGCAUGGGGGUCAGGACCAACAACAUGGGCAACUCGGGUCUGGGGAGCCCCAACAGGGCCUCGCCGAGCAUCAUCUGCAUGCCCAAGCAACAGCAGUCCCGGCAACCAUUCACGAUAAACAGUAUGUCCGGGUUUGGAAUGAACAGGAAUCCAGCGUUUGGAAUGAACAAUUCGUUAUCGAGCAACAUCUUCAAUGGAACGGACGGGAGUGAAAACGUGACUGGCCUGGACCUGUCGGACUUCCCGGCGCUGGCGGACCGGAGUCGGAGGGAAGGAAGCGGGAAUCCCACUCCUCUCCUAAACCCGCUGGCUGGGAGGGCUCCCUAUGUUGGAAUGGUCACAAAGCCGUCAAACGAACAGUCCCAAGACUUCUCAAUCCACAACGAGGACUUCCCUGCCCUGCCUGGGCCCAACUACAAGGACCCCACGUCGAACAGCGACGACAGCAAAACGAAUCUCAACUCUUCAGGCAGGAGCUCCAGCACCACAGACGGCCCUAAGUUCCCUGGAGACAAGAGCUCGACACCCCAGAACAACAACCAGCAGAAGAAAGGCAUACAGGUGUUACCAGACGGUCGGGUGACGAACAUUCCCGGGGGCAUGGUGACAGACCAGUUUGGGAUGAUUGGCUUGUUAACAUUCAUCCGGGCAGCAGAGACGGACCCGGGUAUGGUGCACCUGGCACUGGGCAGUGACCUUACGACGCUAGGCCUCAACCUCAACUCACCGGAAAACCUGUACCCCAAGUUUGCAUCUCCGUGGGCGUCAGCGCCGUGUCGACCCCAGGACAUCGACUUCCACGUUCCUUCUGAGUACCUAACCAACAUUCACAUACGGGACAAGCUUGCUGCAAUAAAACUGUCUCGGUAUGGAGAAGAUUUACUUUUCUAUCUGUACUACAUGAACGGAGGAGACCUCCUACAGCUGCUAGCGGCGGUAGAGCUAUUCAACCGGGAUUGGCGGUACCACAAGGAGGAGCGGGUUUGGAUAACUCGCGCACCAGGCAUGGAGCCCACUCUCAAGACCAACGCCUACGAGAGGGGGACCUACUACUUCUUUGAUUGUCUUAACUGGAGGAAAGUAGCCAAGGAGUUCCACCUGGAAUAUGACAAGCUAGAAGAAAGGCCCCAUGUGCCCUCCACAUUCAACUACAACCCAGCUCAGCAAGCCUUCUGAGAGACUUCCUUCCCCUCCUGCUCUAUCGACCAUGGGAGUAUGGCUGACUUCUUCCCCAGGUUUCACCAUCAGGGCCUGGCUGUCCCGGUUCUAGUCCUGGUUAACCACUCAAACAGACCUGCAGACAGCGAACGCCGGUGUGGCUGGCUCAACAGGCAUCCUGCUUUUUAUUCCUCGACGAUCGAUCCGGCUUAUUGACUUUAGGCCAAAGGGAGGGAAACCCAACAGCCAUUUUGGUUCAGAGCGGGUCCUUCCUGAAAAGCCUCACCCGAACCGAAAACAGACGCUCGUUUAUCUCUUUUUAAUACAUUUGUUUUAUUUCCCUCCUUUAUUAUUUUGGUCCUUUUCCAUUCGUUUUGUGGUUGUCGUUUUCAAAACAUUCUCAACCUUUCAUUUGCGCUUCAUGUUUUCAGACCUCCUCUCUGGUCAUGAGGUACAGUGAUGUAAUAAUUCACCAUCACACAUGCCAGUAAACUCAGACCUGACACUCAACACACACUCAACAGGACAAGGUCUUACAGUUACCCCGAAAAGUGUUUAGAGACAGUGUCGUGAAUAAUACAAUCAGACCUCAAACUACAGCAAAGGCAGACUAGAGGCCAGGAGAAAAUGCAAUGUUCAUAUUGUAGCACUAUUUCGUAAUAAAAGAACACAAAAUAUGUUUGUGGAUUUAUUAAUAUGUGAAGGCCGUAAUACAGUUUUGACCGAUCCAGGAACUCUCCCAAGCACAGGUUUUUUUUCCUCUUUUUAUUUCUCCGCCCAUUCCCUGUUCAUUCGUCAGCUCCUCCCCUAUUCCACCAUUUCUCCAUACUGUCUUUUGGCAGGUCUCUGCCUAGCCACAAUACAAUAAAUAUCAACCAAUCAGUGACUGUUAUAGUGACAGGACAUUCAUGUCUCCAGAUUCAGAGCAUCUUCCCUUAUUCCAGGAUGAACAGAACAGAGAAAGGGAGAAAAGCACUGUCCAAGUCUUUAUUGCAAUUUUGUAAUAAAAGUGUACUUUUUUUUUUUUUCCUUUUUUAAUUCUUUUUCUGGGGGACUCACAUCACAAAACAAUAAAGAUAUGUAUGUACGAAUGUGUAUAUAUUAUAUAUAUGACAUCUAUUUUGGAGAAGGUAGAAAAAGAAAAAACGAGAAGUCUAGAAUGUUGCCCGGCUGUACCUCAUUUUUUUGGAGGUGAGUACGGUGUGACACAAUUCUGGAUGUUAUCAUACGACACGGAUGAAACAGGAUUACCGGGGACCAUGCCUCUCAACAACAACCAUGGGUGAUGUGGAUUAAAGCAGGACUGUACUGGAGCUGGUGGAUAAAGGGGUGACGAUGGCCACUGGCCUAGGCACUUUGAUUUCGACAACCUCCCAAACGACUAAAGGACAACAACCGAACACAUACAACCAAUUGUGUACCAGAUAGGAUCUCUGAGCCAAUAAAAGAUAUCCGUACCCAUGUGAUAGCGUCUUAGAUGGGGGAUACGAUUGGAGGAAGAUGUGGACUGAGGCACUUCACUUUGGCUGUUUUCAACAGCAGCAUUUCAUAGGAAAAGAAAAACCCAAUAAAAAAAAUUAUGAUAAUGAAAACAAAACCUAUUGAUCUUGUAUUUUCUGAUCAAGUUCUUUAAACAAAAGCUGCUUCUCUUCAUAAUAAAGUAGAAAAGGCUUUCUCCUGUA